UGUAUCAUUAACGUCUUUUUGGAAGAUUUCUUACUAGUGGAAGUGUUUUUUAUAUCCAAAUUCUUUGUGAUGUCGUAAUAUUAUUUAUAAAAUUUUGUGUGUUUUAAAGAUAUUUAAUUGUUUUUCUCUCUUUAAUGAGAAGUGAGUGGAGAUUUACAAUAAAUAUAAAACAAGUAAUUUGACAGAAGGACCACUGAACGUUGUACAUAUUGUGAAUCGUGGGAUGUCCAAUGUAUCCUAAACGGGUAAGAAUAAAGUCUUUCGAGCUCCAUGGCUGAGCGCCUCAGCCCUCGAAGCUCCGAGGUAAACGCCUUGGAACAGCGAGGCUAUAUUAUUGGAAAAAAAAUUGGACAAGGAUCUUAUGCCACGGUCCACUUGGCAGAGUAUUGCGAUGCAUCUAGCCCCAAGCGUAUGCACUUAGCAUGUAAGAUUUUUGAUAAAGAAAAAGCACCUCGUGAUUUUUUAGAAAAGUUUUUUCCCCGUGAAUUGGAUAUACUAACGAAAAUAGAAAAUCCACAUAUAAUACAAGUUCACAGCAUCCUACAAAGGGGACCGAGAGUAUUUAUAUUUAUGCGUUACGCUGAUAAUGGUGAUUUACUAGAUUUCAUAAAGAGGAACGGCGUUGUACCAGAGAGUCAGACGAAACUAUGGUUUCGACAAAUGGCAAGUGGCUUGCAAUAUUUACACAGCAAAAAUAUUGCACAUCGUGAUCUCAAAUGUGAAAACAUUUUGUUGUCAAGACGUUAUAAUGUUAAAUUAGCCGACUUUGGAUUUGCAAGAUUCUGUACAGAUGCUGAAAACAGACGUGUGUUAAGCCAAACUUAUUGUGGAUCUGCUGCAUACGCUGCGCCAGAAGUGGUUAGUGGAACACCAUACAAUCCAAAGCUUGCUGAUGUUUGGUCUCUCGGAAUUAUACUUUUUAUAAUGUUGAACGCAUCUAUGCCCUUCGAUGAUUCUAAUUUGCGUAAACUUUUAAAAGAUCAAAUGUCACGCAAUUGGGUAUUUAGAUCUAGAAUACGAGAUACCGUGUCUGCUGCGGCAAAGUCUAUAGUGCGACAUAUAUUGGAACCGGAUAUUACUUUGCGUUUGACUUUGGACCGAGUUUUGUCCCACGAAUGGACAAGACCUCGCAAGGAUAAGAGUGCGAGCUUAAUGGGACGUUUGGUUCAGUCGGCCCCUUCUGGACCAGGAAAGCACGAUGAGGCGGGAACAUCGGCUGGUGCCCGUGUCUCCGGUGAUCACCGGGAGACUGAGCGAGAGAGACAUGACGAUAUCCAUAUGCGCUCUCAUAACUGACUCCCUGAUGAUAACAAUAAUAACCUGACUUCCCAUGUUAAGUUUAGAACAAAUUCGACCUUCAAAAAUCGUAAAUUGCUUUUAAUAUUUUGAGUUUUUUUUUAUAAUUGA